AUGCCCACCUCCCUCUUGAACGCAACCAGCACCCACAAUACCUCAUUACCAGCCGAUAUCCUCCUCGGACCUCCGCCCACCAACCGCACAUUGAUCGAGCAGAUGGACAUCCAAGUAACCGACGACGGCAUCCUGCCCGAAUGCUACAAAUUGUGCAUGAAAAGCGAAAACGGCAAGGCGAAUAUCAACAUAACCACAUUGACCAUCGAGGGCUGGUGCUACGAAGGCGUCGACUUUGUCAACUCCCAGACCUGGCUAAAUACUUACGUGCUUCCCUGCGUCAAGUACGAAUGCGCAGACAACAUGAAAGGCAAGGCCAGCCGCGCUCGCGCGUGGAUGAGGGAUACCUGCGGGCCUUGGGAUGGAGAAAAACACGCCCUAAAAAGGAGCAAGACGAAGAGCGAGAGGAGUACCAAGAGGAGCCGUCAUCUGGCUAUGGGAAUGACCAUGACAGAUGUUGCCCAGAUGAAUUGA